UAAAGCUCUUCCUUAAGAAAAAAGUUAGAAUUCUGUUGUUUAGCCGGAGUUUGAUGUACGUGUUGUUGAUGUCAGGCGUAGGCUUCGUGAAUUUUAUAAAUUAACUACGUUCUAUUCGUUUUUAUGUGAAACAAAACAAGUGCAGUCGAGUAGCAACAGAAUCAUCAAUUAAUUUACACUACCGAAAUCAGAAACUCGCCUAAAUGUCACAACACAGCAAAAAGGACACAGCCAGCCAUGCGAAUAGCACACGCCAACGCAAACAGGACGACACAAACAGCAGCAGCAGCAACAGCAACAACAAGAGCCAAAAGAAACAGCCGCCCAAUGGCAGCACUAAAAGCGGCAGCAGUAGCAGCAACUCCAACAGCAACACCUCAUUUACAACAAUUAGUAGCAGUAGCAGCAACAACAGCUCAGCGACAGCGACGACAGCAGCGGCACACACAAAGUGUGGCAACAAUAGCAAAAUGCAGUUAAGCAAAAAGGAUAAACAGCAAAAAGACAAAGAGCGCAACGAGCGUGCACAGCUGGUGCUCUGGCGUCGUCCACUGCAGACGUCCAAAUACUGUGCACUUGAACUGAUUGCAUUGCUGCGCACCUGGAGCAGCAGAUUAAUGCAGCAACGCGGCCUGUUGGCUGUUUUAAUAGUAUUAGGCAUUGUAUUUAGCAUAAUUUACAAGAUCGAUGGACCGCAUCAAAUGAUCAUUGAGCUGGUGCGUCGCAACACCUGGUUCUUUGUCUACUGGAUUGGCCUCGGCGUUCUCUCAUCCGUUGGCCUCGGCACCGGCCUCCAUACGUUUCUGCUCUACUUGGGUCCACACAUAGCCAGCGUCACAUUGGCCGCCUACGAAUGCAAUUCCCUAAACUUUCCCAAGCCGCCCUAUCCCGACGACAUCAUUUGUCCGGAGGAACCGUAUGUGAAGCGUGUGCCCGAUAUCUGGUCCAUUAUGACCAAGGUGCGUCUGGAGGCAUUCCUUUGGGGCGCUGGCACUGCGCUCGGCGAACUUCCUCCCUAUUUUAUGGCCAAGGCGGCACGUCUCUCCGGCUACGAUCCGGACGAUGCCGAUGAGCUGGCCGAGUUUGAAGCCCUGAAUGCGAAGCGACACCAGAAGAACCUCAGUCUCAUGGACAAGGGCAAACUGUUCAUGGAGCGUGUGGUCGAGCGCGUUGGCUUCUUUGGCAUCUUGGCUUGUGCAAGCAUUCCCAAUCCGUUGUUCGAUUUGGCUGGCAUCACGUGUGGCCAUUUUUUGGUGCCAUUCUGGACAUUCUUUGGCGCCACGCUCAUUGGCAAGGCCAUCAUCAAGAUGCACAUACAGAAGGUCUUUGUGAUUAUUGCGUUCAAUGAGUCUCUGAUCGAGCGCGCCGUCGAUCUUCUGGCCUCGCUGCCAAUCUUUGGCCGGAAGCUGCAGCAGCCGUUUAAGGGAUUCCUCGAGAACCAGAAGCAGCGAUUGCAUCGACGUGGCGCUGGCGCUAGCGGUGGUGACUCCGGCAAUCUGUUGUCCAAGAUCUUUGAGACAUUUGUGAUUGGCAUGGUUUGCUAUUUCGUUGUAUCAAUUGUCAAUUCGCUGGCGCAAAGCUAUCACAAGCGGCUGCACAAGAAGACGCGCAGCAACUCGACGUCAACAUCGUCUGCCUCCCAAGCCACGCCCACCACCGGCUUGAAGAAGCAUGCCAAACAAAAAGCGCUCCGCGAUUAAUGGGCACAAUCUGAGCCACAGCACUUUCAUCCUUUCCGCAAUUGAAUGCAAAAUUCUUUGUUAAUAUUUCUUUUUUUUCGGCAAUUAUGUUCUGUACUAUUAAUUAUUAUUAUUAUUAUUCAUAUUAUAAUUACAAUUACAAUUAUAAUUACUAUGAUUGUGUUAGUCAAAUUCGAACAGUUUCUGGCGAGUUAAGAUUAUGAUAGAACCAUAUGCAUUAAAUAUAAUAAUAUCGUAAACGCUUCUUUUUUUUUUGUGCUAGCGAGUGAAUGAGGAGCGAUAGUGCAGCUUUGAAUGAUCAUCGUAGUCUAGAAUAGUUAAAGAAAAAGCAAAGAAUACAAAAAUGAACAACCUUAAUAUAAUUAUAUAAAUUUAAAUAAAUAGAAAUACACAAAUAGAAAGCAAACACAGCACACAACAACAACUACAACAACUAAAUAAAGUAAAUGGAAAUUAAAUAACAGCUAGACCCAAAUCAAUAGUACUAUCUAUAUACAUAACAUACCCAAAGCUAUUCAGUUGAUUUUCUACCCUCGUUUACAAUUUCCUUCACUUUUUGAUAAUGCAAUGCAAAAACAAAACUGAAGAAAACAAAUACAUAAGAAAUACAAAUCGCAAAUGUUGUGUAGAAAUUUGCUUCAAGAUAAACAAAGACAUUAAAAACAAAACAAAACAAAACAAAACAUGAAACAACUGAAACUAAAUGCUGAAAAUAAACGGAAUUACGAAUAUGAUAAGAAA